AGAUCGUACUUCUGUGGCCGGGCGGGGUUACCGGUUCAACUAGAUAAGAGUGCCGACGUCGUCAAGAACCGCUAGCCCGGAAAAGCCAAACUCUUCUUCUGUUCCUCGUUCUGGAAUUAGCUGUGCUAUUCUUCAGGAUCUACCACAGGUUCGAACCUUAAUUACUCUAAAAAGGAAUCUUCACAACGUGGUCAUGUCUCAACACAAGUCAAAAAGAGCGAGAACAGAUGAAAACAACGGGUCAAAUGAAUUCUUCCCAGGCAUUAACCAGAUAAAGUACAAGCCAGAUGCCAAACCAACUGAUUUGCUGUGUUAUAAACAUUACAAUGCAGAUGAGGAGGUCCUUGGAAAGAGCAUGGCCGACUGGCUUCGGUUCUCUGUGUGUUAUUGGCACACAUUCAGGGGUGUAGGUCUGGACCCCUUUGGAGGACCAACUAUCAGCAGACAUUGGGAUGAUGGUAGUGAAAGCUUAGAGAAUGCCAAGAGACGAUUAAGGGUAGCUUUUGAGUUCUUCACCAAACUAGGUAUCAGAUACUGGUCAUUCCAUGACAGAGAUAUAGCACCAGAGGGCGCUACAAUAGAAGAAUCUAAUCGCAAUCUUGAUGAGAUUGUUGAUCUUGCUCUGGAACUCCAGAAUAAAACAGGAGUCAAGCUACUCUGGAACACUUGUAAUCUGUUCUCACACAAAAGAUACAUGAAUGGAGCAGCCACCAACCCAGAUGCUCAUGUUGUAGCAUACGCUGCAGCAGCUGUCAAGAAAGGACUUGAGAUUGGAAAGAAACUUGGUGGAGAAAACUUUGUAUUCUGGGGAGGAAGAGAGGGCUACCAAAGCCUACUCAAUACUGACCUACAGGGAGAACUCUCUCACAUGGCUAACUUCUUUAAGAUGGCUGUUAAAUACAAGAAUGAGAUUGGAUUUACUGGACAGCUUUUGAUUGAACCCAAACCUAAAGAACCUACCAAACACCAAUAUGAUUAUGAUGCAAUGACUGUGAUCGGUUUCUUGGAGCACUUUGAUCUUGAAAAUGAUUUCAAACUGAACAUUGAACCAAACCAUACCAUGUUAGCAGGACAUGCCUAUGAACAUGAUAUUGUUAUGGCUUCUGCUCUUCGUAUGCUUGGAUCUAUUGAUGCUAAUACUGGAUCACCUGAUCUUGGUUGGGAUACUGAUCAGUUUCCUAUGGAUAUCAGAGGAGCUGCUGCUAUAUGCAAGUGCAUUAUAGAUCAAGGUGGUUUAGCUCCUGGUGGUUUAAACUUUGAUGCUAAGGUACGUCGUGAAUCUACAGACUUAGCAGAUAUGUUCUAUGCUCACAUUGGAGCAAUGGAUUCCUUUGCUAGAGGACUACGAAUUGCUGCUAAGCUCAUCACCGAUGGACAUCUUCAAAAGAUGGUAGAGGAUCGUUAUUCCAGCUUUACUCAUGGCCUUGGACUGAAAAUAGCAGAAGGAACGGCUACUCUUCAGGAAUGUGAGGCAUUCAUCAAGAAAGCUGGAGAGCCUUCUGUCACCUCGGGUCAACAGGAGAAAUAUGAAUCGCUUGUCAAUCGCUAUGUUUAGAUCUCGUCAGAGUGCUUGCAUUCCUGCUUGCCGCCCAUUUAUUGGUUUGGCCUUAUAACUUUUGAUGCAGAAAUUGUACAAAUCAUUAGUAUAUUUUGUUCAAUAAUAAUGGUUAAUGUGCUUAUUUUCUUCACUUUAUGUUAUUUUUGAAAUGUCCAAAAAACAUUUCCAGUAUAAAUCAUGUCUGAUGGUAGAUAUACCUGCAAUUGGCAUAGAGAAUUGUUUGAUGCGGUGUGAUGGAUAUAUGUUUGUGGAUUAUAUGUAUAUAUGCAAUUAGUAUUCAUUUUGCAUGAAUUGAUUGAAAUUAAUUAUGGACUUAACAUUUUUUUUUCUUUUCCCAUUGUUUGUGUGCUCAUUGUUAAAGCAAAGCAUUGAAGAAUUUUGUGCGAGCUUCUUUUUUUUAACAUAAUGUGUAAGUUUACCAUUAAUUUGAAUCUCAAAACAAUAUUUGAUUACGACUGUAUUUUGAUAUUGAGAUAAUUGCAGAUAUUCACAAUCAGUUAUAUCGAUCAUUUAUUUUAUUGAUAAUU